AAAUCAAACGUACUUGAACGAUGUUUCUGUGUAGAUUGCGCUCGUGCCGACUCCUCCACAAUACGUGGAAAGCGUGAGUUUCUCCACUCCGAUUCAACAUGUCAAAUCUUUCUUGAAUUUCUAACGAAUAUUCACGAAAAAAGCAAAAAUCAGAGUAUAGAUAAUCUUCUGUUUACCGAAUUGCUUUUCUGGCACAGUAUAGACUGAGAAAUUAUAGAUUUUUUCGUGGUGCUUAGCGUGGUAAACGAACGACACGAUGAGCGCACCUCAGGGGCAAAUGAAACCGAGAAACGGAGUAGUAAAACAGGUUAUUUCGGGAGAUACUAUUGUUAUUCGUGGCCAACCUAUGGGUGGUCCUCCUCCAGAAGUUACUAUUACCCUUUGUAAUAUUACUGCCCCAAAAUUAGAACGAUGGAAAGGAAAUGAUAGUACGGAUGAAAGUAGGGACGAACCUUACUCUUGGGAAGCUAGAGAAUUUUUACGUAAAAAACUUAUUGGUCAAGAUGUAGCUUUUGUUACAGAAAAAUCUGUUAAUACAAAUAGAACUUAUGGUACUGUGUGGUUAGGGAAAGAUAAAAAUGGAGAAAAUGUAAUUGAGACACUGGUAUCUGAGGGUUUAGUAACUGUAAAGAAAGAUACUAGAAAUCCCAGUCCUGAACAAACUCGUUUAAUAGAACUAGAAAAUGCAGCUAAAGCAGCUAAGAAGGGAAAAUGGUCAGAAUCUCCAAAUUCUGAACAUAUACGUGAUGUAAAAUGGACUGUGGAUGAUCCCCGCAAAUUAGUUGAAAAAUUCGGAAAGAAACCUGUGAAAGCUAUUAUUGAAUUUGUUUUUGAUGGAUCCACAGUAAAAGCACUUUUAUUACCUGAUUUUUACAAUAUAGUAUUAAUGAUAUCGGGUGUUCGAUGCCCUGGAUGGCCAAAUGGAAGACGUGAAAAUUCAGGUGAUCCUUAUGCAGAUGAAGCAAGAUAUUUUGUAGAAUCUCGUCUUUUACAUAGAGAUGUUGAAAUAGUACUUGAAUCUGUUAACAAUAAUAAUUUCAUUGGUAGCAUUCUUCAUCCAAAAGGAAAUAUUGCUGAAAUUUUAUUGAGUGAAGGAUUUGCUAAAUGCCAGGAUUGGUCAAUUAAUAAUAGCAGAGCUGGUGCAGAGAAACUUUAUCUUGCAGAGAAAGCUGCAAAAGAAGCGCGUUUACGUUUAUGGAAAGAUUACAAACCAUCAGGUCCACAAAUUGAAUUUACUGGUACUAUUGUGGAAAUCGUAAAUGCAGAUGCACUUAUAAUUAGAACUCAAAAUGGAGAAAACAAGAAAGUAUUUUUGAGUAGUAUUCGACCACCGUCCAGAGAAAAAAAAACCAAUGAAGAAUCUAAUAAUACUACUAGAAAAGAUUUUAAACCUCUUUACGAUAUUCCAUGGAUGUUGGAAGCUCGUGAAUUUUUACGUGAAAAAUUUAUCAGGAAAAAUGUAAAAGUUGUAGUUGAUUAUACUCAACCUGCUAGAGACAAUUUUCCAGAAAAAUUAUGCUGUACCGUUACAUGUGGUAAAACGAAUAUUGCUGAAGCUUUGGUUGCUCGAGGUUUAGCAAGAGUCAUCAAAUAUAGGCAAAAUGAUGAUCAACGUUCAUCUCAUUAUAAUUUGUUGCAAGUUGCUGAAAGCAAAGCAGAAAAAUCUCAACAUGGUUUACAUGCGAAAAAGGAUAUUCCAGUACAUAGAUUGGUAGAUCUUUCUAAUGAUCCAUCAAAAGCAAAAGCAUUUUUAACGUCCCUUAAACGAGCGCAGGGGAUUAAAGCUGUAGUUGAAUUCGUUACCAGUGGAUCGCGUCUAAAAUUGUUUUUACCAAAAGAGGAUCAACUUAUUACAUUUGUCUUAGCUGGUAUAAGAACACCACGAUGUCAAAGAUCAUUACCAGGUGGUGGUAUUGUUAAAGCAGAUGAAUAUGGUGAAAAAGCAUUAGCUUUCACCCGAGAGCAUUGCUUUCAAAGAGAUGUAGAAAUAAAAAUUGAGAGUACAGAAACUAAAGGAAGUGGAUUUAUUGGAUGGUUAACAGUAAAUGACAUUAAUAUGUCUGUUGCUCUUGUUGAAGAAGGUCUUGCAGAAGUAGUUACUUUUCCUGAUUUUGGUGAAUUAACAAGAACACUUAAAGCUGCAGAAGAGCGUGCCAAAACAAAAAAAUUAAAUAUGUGGAAGAAUUAUGUAGAAGUGCAAGUUGAAAAUGAGAAAAAUGAAAAUGAUAAAGAAAUUGUAGAAAGAAAAAUUGACUAUCAAGAAGUAGUACUGUCUGAAGUUACUGAAGAUCUUCAUUUCUAUGCACAAAGUGUUGAUCAACGUAGCAUGUUGGAAAAUUUGCUUCUACAAUUACGUCAAGAAUUAGCAUCUAAUCCUCCACUUCCAGGUGCUUACAAACCCACUAGAGGUGAAUUAGCAGUUGCUAAAUUUACUGGUGAUGAUCAAUGGUAUCGAGUUAAAGUAGAAAAAGUUUCUGGUACAAAUGUCAGUGUGUUUUAUAUUGAUUAUGGUAAUAGAGAAAUAAUUAGUGUUACAAGAGUUGCUGAUUUACCAUCAAGAUUUGGUAAUGAUAAACCUUAUGCUCACGAACAUAUUCUCGCUUGUGUUGCGCUUCCAAAUGAUAACGAUGACAAAAAAGCGGCAGUUGAAAUCUUUAAGGAAGAUGUAAUGGAUAAAAUUUUAUUAAUGAAUACAGAAUAUAAAUUAAAUAAUAAUGUUACUGCUGUAACAUUAGUUGAUUCUUCAUCUAAUGAAGAUAUCGCAAAAGGACUUAUUUCUGAUGGAUUAUUACUUGUUCAAAACCAACGUGACAGAAGACUUAUUAAAUUGAUUGAAGAAUACAAAAAAGCAGAAGAAGAUGCAAAACAUAGUCGACGUAAUAUUUGGAGAUAUGGUGACAUACGAGCAGACGAUGAAAAAGAAUUUGGAUUGUAAAGAAAUAAAUGCUCAAGGACUGGUUAAAAAGUGAUUAAUACAGGGAAAAAGACAUGUUAAAACUGCAUAAUAAUUAUGUAAGAACCCAUUACAUAGAUUAACAAAAAAAAUAAUAAAUGUCCAUAUGAGAGUUAUAUGUUGCAUUGAUUAUGAUGCAGUUAUAUUUCAUUACAAAAA